AUGGGUACCAAAAGUCAUGACGUUGUACACGCCUCCAUGGCCAUAGACCUAGAUACUGAAAUUUGGCGGUAUUUAAAGAUAAAGCGAUUCGCCGACUUUGAUCUCGCUGGCAAAACAUUCGUUGUAACGGGUGGUGCUCGAGGCUUGGGCUUAGCCUUGGCAGAAGCACUUGUAGAGGCGGGUGGUAAAGUCUACUGUCUCGACCGGCUACCACAGCCCGACCAGGAAUGGCAAAGGGCCGCUCAGCGUGUCAUUCCAGAAUGGGGUGGCUCAUUGAAAUACAGGCAAUUGGAUGUUAAUAACACUUCAGAUCUGAAUGAGAUCAUUGAGGGCAUUGCGCACCAAAAUGGGGGCAUACAGGGAGUUAUUGCCGCUGCUGGUAUACAGCAGCUUACGCCGGCAAUAGAGUAUAAGGAGGAGGAUAUCAAUAAGAUGCUGCAAACAAACUAUACAGCAGCAUUCAUGACAGCACAGGCCGCUGCCAGGAUGAUGCUCAAGUAUAAAAGUCAUGGAAGUAUUUGCUUUGUGGCUAGCAUGUCCGGUUCUGUGGCGAACAAAGGAUUACUGUCGUCGGCUUAUAAUUCUUCUAAAGCGGCGCUGAUACAACUGGCGCGAAAUCUUGCCAUGGAGUGGAGUGAUACUACAACUAACAACGGGGGCGGUAUUCGAGUUAAUUGCCUGAGUCCAGGACACAUAAUCACACCGAUGGUUCUGAAAAACUUUGAGGAGGUGCCGGGCUUAAGAGACACAUGGAGUCAAGCCAACAUGAUGAACCGACUGGCUGAAACAAGCGAGUUUAAGGGUGCGGCGCUAUUUUUAAUGAGUAACGCGAGUACCUUCAUGACGGGGAGUAAUUUGAUUAUAGAUGGUGGUCAUACGGCUUGGUAA